GGUGACCGUUGUUGUGACAAGGAGGGAAGACAGCAACGAUAUAGAAUCUGAUCAAGAAUUGGAUUGUCAAGUGACUUCCACGGAGCAAAAGUAAAAAAAGGUCCCAACGACCCAGUAUCCGGGGUCGAAAUAGAGCCAAUAUGCCUUGGGCUGAGUCAAAUCUCGAAGGCAUGAAUCUAAUCGAUGACUCCAUCUAUAUCAAUUCGCCUUUUCUUCUUUGACCUCUCUGGUGGCCCAGGCGGCGCCGUUAUCGUCUCAUGGAGACGGCUAUCGCUUUUUGCCGAUUGAGCGGGCAAUCCGACAGUUUCUCCUUCAGUCAGAGCCAAAUCUGAUGUUUUUGCGAGAUGGGAGGCUUCUUCCAUCAAGAUGCCCAGAGCUAUCAAGGCGGUCUCAUCCAAACUCCUCCAGUCUAUAGAACCGCCAUCUGGAGAAGCACGGGAGUAGAAAUCAGACGUAUAGGCAUGGAGAGCCUUCAACAGAUCUGAUUCCGGUAAAUCGUUAGCUUGAACGUCACGAUCGUUGGCAAAGUAGAUAUCGUGUUCAGCGAAUCGUGUUGGCGCGUUUUUCCGACGGAAGAGAACUUCUUCGGGAGCUGAUGCAGUGGUGAAAGACGGAACAGUAUCGACUGUGGACGCAACUACCGGAUGUUUGGGUAUGAAGCUUCCAUGUGCUGAUAUACGGCCUAUGGAAUAUCAAUGAGGCUCAAAUGGUACAAGAGGCGGAUAACAUACCUGCCACCGCGUCGUAGACGCUGAUACGCUUGCGCUUCGCGGAGGCGGCAUCGGAGGCCUCAGGCGUGGUCGAGGUAAAAAAAGCACUUUGGGCAUACGCCUUUGAGGUCAUUUUGGACUUCUGAUUCUGUUGCCAAAUGAAGCUAUCAUGAAAGGGCUUUGAAGGGGAAAGAGGGGUGGAAGUCGCGAUGUGCAUACAGAAAAUGGAAAGAGGUGUGGUUGUAUAGACUUAAAGCGGCACGAUGUAGUGAAGGCGAAAUUGGGUGCCGCCUUACCAAUUCUCUGGCCCUGGUGCUCAAGCUGCUCUGACUUCAUUCGCCCUUCCUCUAUGAGAUCUUUUAAAAUCAGAUGUCAGACCUGACAACAGAUUGGACAACGGCAUUCAUCUCAUGCAAACACUGACUGAGAGGUGACAACCAUUCCCAUAGUGAAUCAUGAAUCGCUUUCUUUCAGACCGCUCCGCUGGAUUUCUCAGCGCCUCACAAUUCGCCCGCAUACAGAAUUCUAGACGCCUUCAAGAUAUACAGCUUUGCGCUAAAGUACGCUUUGAUGGUGGUCGGAGAGAGUUUAUACCAAAUGGCGACUAAGCCCCACCAAACAAUAACAACGAGUCGUUGAUCCAAACUCAAGAAUAUGGGCCCAUCAAUCAGGUGUGAAUGCGCUCGCUUUGGACAUAGACAACAGAAUGUAAGCGAGGAAAACCUCUCUAUUGUGUGAGAAUAUGCUGACAACAACAGCCUCACAUCCGGAGGUGCAGAUUCUUCCCUUAACUUGUGGAAUUUAGAGGAGCAUGCUACUCCAUCAAGUCAUACGUUCAAACCCAUAGCAUCGAUCGCAAGGUAAACAUUUUCUCGGUUAGCAAUGUAUACAACGUACUAACUACUUUUUCAGAACUGCUUCCGCACAUCAGUAUGGCAUCACUCAACUGAGCUUUUACUCUUUUGACUCGGAUGCAUUUCUGUCUUCCUCCUACGAUCAUCACUUGAAGCUCUAUGCCACCGAAACCCAACAACUGUCAGCAGAUUUCAACAUGGACUCAAUUGUAUACGCACACACCCUCUCGCCUAUCGCCAAUCAUCUCUUGGUGGCUUGUGCAACUCAAAAUCCUGUUGUUAGACUAGUUGACCUCCGUUCUGGAGCUAAUACGCAUUCUCUCCCAGGCCAUGCUGGCGCUUUGCUUUCAUUGGCUUGGAAUCCUACCGUCGAGCAUGUUCUCGCAAGUGGCGGCGUAGAUGGGACACUCAGAUUGUGGAAUAUUCGUAGAAGCACGGGUCCUCUAGGAAUUUUAGAUAUGGAAGAUUGCCGUGGUAUAGGUGCAGCUGGCGGAGCACCUCGUUAUCGACUCUCGGCAAAAUCACAUCACAGUGCUGUCAAUGGCAUUACUUGGACUGGGGAUGGCUCUUUUAUUAUAUCAGCGGGACACGAUGAAAGAGUUAGAGUAUGGAAUGCAGCCAAUGGAGCAAAUACUUUGGCGAGUUUUGGUCCUACUCUUCGGAAUGGCCACAUGUCAACUCUCCCCCUUGUUUUGUCACCAAGCGGUUCGACGGAUUUGAAAAGAGAUCUUCUCUUUUACCCAAAUCAAAGGGACUUACUGAUGUUUGAGCUACACCAAGGCAAGCUUCUUAAACGCCUUCGAGUUCCUGGACCAGUCGACGCAACGGUCAGAUCACGAACCGGUGAAAGAAUCGUGAGAAAUCGUAUCACAGCUCUUGCCUGGAAGGGCCAAUCCGAUGGUAUUUUCUCUGCGCAUACAGAUGGCCAAAUUAGGGCUUGGUGUCCUAGGACAGAAGAAGACGAUGAUCUUGAUGCAGAGGAGAAUGACUCUAAGAGACCGAAUGAUGAUAACUAUGACGAUAAUAGUAAUACCCAAGGGAAGCGGAAACGGCAGGUCUUGGAGAAUGUUUAUAGAGAUCUGACGAGACAGAGAGUUACUUUCGGCUAA